AUACCGCUCGCCCACUCAGCCAAAGGACAACAAGCCGUCGAUCAACGGCGCUCGCGAACUCGCCGGAUGAACAUUCAGGUCUAGAAUGAACAAGGUUUCCAGUCUGGAUCUGCGGACGCCGCAACCCAAUCAACCAACGGUGACCUGCCGUUGCUCAGCCCUGGUCCAGCAGAAACCGCCACUGCCGGGGCGUCGCUUUCAGCUUGGGCGCCCGAGCUGCCCCCGGCUGAUCCGCCAAAGAAGCCAUUUCGUCUCGGGUUGCUCCAGCGACCGCCGUCGAGACUUAUCCGUGCAAGACCGACUUACACGAUGCCAUAUUGCCUCGUCGACAGCGACACCGUUCGUCUCUUCUAUGAAGUCUACGGAGACGGUCCCAACAAGAUCGUGUUGAUAAUGGGACUGGCAGCGGAUCAUUCCCGGUGGGAGCCGCAGAUCGAAUACUUCAAGCGGCUCCCAGAGUUCCAAGUGCUGGCUUUUGACAACCGAGGUGUCGGCCACUCGACGGUGCCGGCUGCUCGCUACACGACAAAGCGGAUGGCCUUUGACGCAUACGAGCUGCUGAGCCAUCUCGGCUGGGACAAGGUUCACAUCGUAGGAUCGUCGAUGGGCGGCAUGAUAUCGCAGGAGCUGACGCUUCUGUGCCCCGAUAGGGUUCUUUCCCUCACCCUGACCUCCACAAGUGCGGGCGGGGUGCCGGCGAUUCCUCCGAUUGGCCUGCUGGUCGAGAUGUCGUUUCUGGGGAUGAAGAAGAGGCCGGAGACCAAGUUCCAGCUAUUGAUGAAGAUUCUGUAUCCAGAGUGGUGGCUUGCCCAAAGGUGCCCGCUUCCAGAGACAGAAGAAUCCAAGGGCUGCGUCACAAAUCUGGAUGUCAUGCGCAAGUGGUUCUAUGAGAAGGAGCUUCGGCAUCCCCAGCCCUCCGAAGUCGGCCUGCGAAAUCAGCGAUGGGCAUGCACAACUCAUCUCGUCAACAAGAGGCGGUUACUUCAGCUGAAGCACACCAACAUCCCGAUUCUGCUGGUGGCAGGGGACUGCGAUGCCGUAAUACGGCCCACCAACACCCUGUAUCUCUCUGCCAUUCUCGAGGCUCGGACCGAGAUCUUCAUCGGCGGCGGCCAUGGACUCACGGUGCAGUUUUCAGACCGGUACAACAAGCUUUUGCACUCGCACUUUUUGAGCGCCGUCGAGCGGUCCAGCAAGCUCCAGCGAUCGCAAGCAUUGGCAGGCAGCACCGGCGCACCUAAUGUCGUGCUGCUCGAUGCCGACAACAGUGUCGGCGUUGUGCCGCAAUCGUUCCAUCCGCCGUCGCCCAUGGCCGGAGAGUCUCUGGGCGAGAACGCCAUUUUCAAGAUCCGGCCAAUCCAUCGUGGUGUUGGCAAGAUCGCUGCCAAUGCCGACGACUGCGAGUGCGUGACGCUGGAGGACGAACUUGAGCUCCGCUGCAAUGCAGAGGUGGACUAGCUGCUAUCUUCGGCGCAAGUGUGUCGAUAUCUCAGGAGGGCAGGUUAUUUUUGGCAUACCAAUACAGCCAAUCCAAUAAAAACGGGACAUUGGUCGUUGAUCAAA